CUGAAUCACCUCCACACGAGCUUCCCUGCGGACCAGAGUUCACAUUGCUUCGUCCAAACCGGAAGCGUAACCGAUGAGUCCGCCGUUGAAGCAUUUCUCACGAAGACCAAAUCCCAUUUCGGGAAACUGAACGGUGUCGCCAACUAUGCUGGGGUUCCGGCUAUGAAUUAGGCACAGAAGCCAUCUAGCAAACGAGUCAGGAAGAAUAUCAUUUCACCAUGGACGUCAAUGUAUGGGGAAUGUUCAAUGUGUUUACUGUUUCUUUAUGUCCGGGAUUCCUGGUGGAUGGUUCGAGCUUGGUCCAUAUCGGCAGUAUAUUUUCGCUUCAGGGCUUCAAGAAUGGAGCUGUCUAUGCAGCGUCGAAGCAUGCUGCUCUUGGAAUGGUGAGAAGCACAGCCAAAGAAACGGGCUCUCGGGCGAGAGUGAGCUGUAUUUUGCCUGCGAUUGACACCCCGAUGCACCAAGCGAACCUGGCCCGUAUCAAGGACUUUGAGCCUGCCCCAACAACAGCAAUUCACCGUGACGGAAGGGCCGAGGAAGUGGCAAGCGUGGCGGUGUUCUUGCUCAGUGACAAAAGUAGCUAUCUGGCUGGCGCUGCUUGGAGUGUGGAUGGAUGCGGGAGCCAAUGCCUAGCAGCCGAUGGGUCCAAAGAAAUUAGGCCAGCCUUGACUGGGAGAUAAAGAUUAUGUGUUGUAGAUUACUACGGGAGUUGCCCUACGUUUAUGUCAUGGUAUAUCUCUACUAUGAAGACAUUUGUAUCAAUC